AAUGGAAUGAGAGGCUGUGGGUGGGUCGCUGCCUUAUCCCAACUGUUCGCUCAAAAAGAGUUGAGCGGUUGGCGCGAGGAGACGCACUUUGGAAGUCGAGCCCCGAAGGAAUGGCAAGGCUUGUCUCCCUCCAGCAGAACCAGUUACCUUUCUCCCCCUUGGCCUCCUCUCUUUCUGAUUUCAGCGGAACCAGACUUCACUCCCAAUUCCAGUUGAGAAGGAAAGCAUGGCAACCAAAAGGGGGAUUCUACGUCUCGGCGUCAAGCAACAAGAAAAUCCUUAUAAUGGGAGGCACUCGCUUUAUUGGUGUGUUUUUGUCUAGGCUUCUUGUCAAGGAGGGUCACCAGGUGACUUUGUUUACCAGAGGAAAAGCUCCCAUUACUCAACAAUUGCCUGGUGAAUCAGACGCUGAUUAUUCUGAUUUUUCUUCCAAGAUCCUGCACUUGAAAGGAGACAGACAGGACUUUGAGUUCGUGAAGUCCAGUCUAUCGGCACAGGGGUUCGAUGUUGUUUAUGACAUAAAUGGACGAGAGGCAAAUGAAGUAGAGCCCAUAAUCGAAGCUUUGCCAAAUUUGGAGCAGUACAUAUACUGCUCCUCUGCCGGUGUCUAUCUCAAAUCUGAUUUAUUGCCUCAUUGUGAGACUGAUGCAGUAGAUCCAAAGAGCAGACACAAGGGGAAGCUAGAGACAGAGAGCUUGCUGGAAUCAAAGGGCGUGAAUUGGACAUCAAUAAGGCCAGUGUAUAUCUAUGGACCCUUGAACUACAACCCUGUUGAAGAGUGGUUCUUCCACCGUUUGAAAGCCGGUCGCCCCAUUCCCAUUCCCAGCUCUGGCAUCCAGAUUACCCAACUCGGACAUGUUAAGGAUUUGGCAAAGGCCUUUAUUAAGGUUCUUGCUAAUGAUAAGGCCAGCAGGCAAGUAUUCAACAUCUCAGGAGACAAAUAUGUCACUUUCGAUGGUUUAGCAAAAGCAUGUGCCAAGGCUGGUGGGUUCCCAGAGCCAGAGAUCAUUCACUACAAUCCCAAAGCCUAUGAUUUUGGGAAGAAGAAGGCAUUUCCCUUUCGCGACCAGCAUUUCUUUGCAUCCAUAGAGAAGGCAAAGAGCGUGCUGGGGUGGGAGCCAGAAUUUGGGCUAGUAGAAGGUCUUGCAGAUUCCUACAACCUGGACUUUGGUAGAGGAACUUACCGAAAAGAGGCUGAUUUCUCAACUGAUGAUAUGAUUCUGGGCAAGAGCCUUGUUACUGCUUGAUGCCCCUGUUUCACUCCAACAAGAUUGCAGUAGUUUAAAGCACCAUGUCCCAGCCCAAACAGGUCCUCAGUCUUUUAUUUUGUCAGCUCGGUUUCCUACAUUCGUGAAAAUUAUCACACUAAUUGGGCCCCAUAGAAGAUCCAACAGAGCCCAAUUUUACUUUUCUUUUCCACUGGCCUCAGCACCCAUGUAUGAAAGGCUCACUAUUUUAGAGUCUUCGCAUAUCCAUUUACUUAGACUGGCCUGGUUUCAAGGAAAGUUUCAUCUAAAACAUUAAAAUGGUUACUUGGA